UUGCAUGCAGUUGAGGGCACUCCAACGGCCAGGCCUAGAUUCUACUCCAGCAAGCUUCCAGCCCCAGGCCAUAUUGCCAGCUAUCCGAAAUAUACGUACGAGGAGAAUGAUGCCAUAUCGGAUUUCACUCGUCCUGAGGGUCCAUUUACACAUGAAACGAUGCAGGACUUGUCCUAUUUACGUGUUCCAGGCCGUGUUUCGGCUUUAUCUUCUCUCGAAUCUCGACAGAUUUCUAUAAUUCCAUGUUCUGAGGCCAACCCACCAGGACAGGAAAUUCCGUCCUCACGGAAGCAUCAUCCUUUGAGCAGAACAGAAAGCUGUCCGUCUUCACAGACCGUGGAUAUUCGUAGGAUCCAGGGUCUCAGACAUUUUUUUUCACCAGCAGCCUCAGCUGGUACCAAUGUGGGUUUGCGAGUCUCGGCGCUUGAGUCAUUGACUGAGGAGAACUCAGCAACAGCGACGCUUACCGCAGCCGGAAUGGCAACAAAUGCGCUGAUUGCCGGUCUCCUCAUCGAUGGAAAGGCUGAGGAGGCGGGGAUAGCGGCCAUCAUUCAGAAAGGUCAUCGAAAUUCCUCACGGAUGGUAGAACGCAACGAUAUUCAUAGUGGCGCCAGCUCAUCAAGAAGCUCCCGGUCUGGAGGCAGCAGUCGGGACAAGAAAAAAGUAUGA